AACACUUUGCACUUCUUUCAGGAAGUAGACUUUUUUUUUUCAUUUCUUGGGGUUUUGUUGUCGAGUGCAUUAGCAGCUUGAGUUUGACGUUAAAGCUGGACAACGUCGAUGGUUGACUUUUCCUGCUGGCUGCUGCCAUGUCAGAAACUCUGGACCGAUCCACGAAGAUCAACCUGUUGAAAGAGCCGAUUGUGAGGAGGAUUUGUGAGGUUCUGGACAAGCCCAACAGUAAAGGAUGGCGAAAACUCGGAGAGAUAGUCGGAAACGACAGACGCUUCAAAGUCAGUUCAGACGACAUGGAGAUGUGCUCUCUGAAGGUGCUGGAGCUUGAGGGCAGCCCAAGCCGCAUGCUGCUGAGGCUGAUGGGAGAACGAGGCUGCACCACAGGUCACCUCUUUGACUACCUUCAAAUUCUGGGAAACUCAGAGGCCCUGCAGUGCCUGAAACCACCAGCCCUGCAGAUCCUCAUCCAGCCUCAGUCUGUAGCUCUUACAUCGGGACACAACCUGCGUCUCAGCUGCAAUGCUGUGGGAAAAGCUCCUGUCCAGUACCAGUGGUUUAAGAGCAAGGAAGAGGUGCCAAACAGCUUCUCUCCAGACCUGGUGAUAAGUCCAGUCCAGCUAAAGGAUGCUGGCUUUUACAUUUGUCGGGUCAACUGUGGAGAAACUUUUGAAUUCAGUCAGUGGGCUCAGGUGGACGUCCUGGAUGUUGCCAUGUCUUGUGGGCAGAGUUAUCAGUCCCUGGGCGGUCGGCUGAAGCUGGUGAUCCAGCCUCAGUUCCAGCGGCUUCAUGUUGGAGAAAACCUUCACCUGGAGUGUGGAGCUGUGGGACGGCCAAUCCCUCGUUACCAGUGGCACAGAAAUGGAGUCCCAAUCCCCAACGCCACUAAGAGAAGACUCACAAUCCCUAAUGUGAUGCAGGAUCAGCACGGUCGAUAUCGCUGUGAGAUCAGCAGCAGCACUGAGCGAAUGUGGACCAAUGAAGUCGAUGUUGUUAUAAUACCAAGGAUAUCUGUCCAGAUUUCAGGAGCAAUGGAGUGCUCUGAAGAUGAUAUGUAUGCCAUUGGAGGUUCCAGUGAAUUUUUCCUGAAUAGUCUUCCAGAGCAACUUUAUGCGACAGACAAAGUGGCCCUGCUGAUCGGUAAUCUAUCCUACCAGAACCACCCACAGCUCAAAGCUCCCAUGGUGGAUGUGUAUGACCUCACCAACCUCCUGCGACAGCUAAAUUUCCAGGUGGUUUCGCUGCUGGACCUCACAGAGUCAGAGAUGAGAAAUGCUGUCGAUGAGUUCCUGAUGCUGCUUCACAGAGGAGUCUAUGGGCUGCUGUACUAUGCCGGUCAUGGAUAUGAAAACUAUGGCAACAGUUUCAUGGUGCCUGUAGACGCUCCAAACCCGUACCACUCAGCCAACUGUUUAUGUGUGCAGAGUAUCCUCAAACUGAUGCAGGAGAAGGAGACGGGUCUAAAUGUUUUCCUGCUUGACAUGUGCAGGAAGAGGAAUAUUCAUGAUGAGAGCACUCCAAACGUUGUCCUGAGGGUUACGGCCAACAUAGUCUUUGGAUAUGCCACGUGCCAAGAUGCCGAGGCCUUUGAGCUGAGCUCAAGCGGCAGCACCAAUGGAGUGUUUGUCAAGUUUUUGAAGAGACGACUUCUGGAUGAUGAAAAGAUUACCGUGGUGCUGGACAGAGUGGCUGAAGACAUGGGUCAGUUUGAUGCCACUAAAGGAAAACAGGCUCUGGAGAUCCGCAGCAGUCUGUCAGAGAGGAGAGCUCUGACUGAUCCUAUUCUGCCUGGCGACAGCGCUGAUCUCGCCCACACUCUUAGCCGCCGGUGGGCUAAGGCUCAUGAGCUUCCGGACAGUAUGACUCUAAACUUUGACUGCGGGGCUCAGAUCAAGUUGGGCUUUGCUGCAGAGUUCUCCAACGUUCUUGUUAUUUACACUCACAUCAUCAAGAAGCCCGAGGAAAUGUCCUUCUGCCAAGCACAUGUCACCGACUUCUCACAGGAGCUCGAUGUGGAUCCUAAAGAGAUGAACAGGGAGACUCCAGAGGAGACAGGGAUCUACUUUCUGUCCCAUAGCUUGCCGCAGCACUGCCUUUACACCAGAGUCAGCUCCCUGCAAAAGCUCAGGGAGGAGCUGGUGUUUACUGUUUGCCUUCAGGGCACCUUCCCAGCUAUGGAUGAGGAUCCGGUCCACUGGACUAAAAGCAUCAACAUUGGAAAGCCGCUGAUUGCCCGACUGGACCUGCACCGGGCCAUGAGGAGAAACAGCUGCCUGCAGACCUGCCUGAUGCCUCACAGCCCGUCUCACAGUCCUUGUCACAGCCCCGGGCCUGAACACCAGCUACACCUCCAUCACGGGACUCACCAGGCCCAGGACUACAGCCGACUGUCCCCCCAACAGCAUUACCUUGGUGCAGUUGGAGGCAGUGGGGAUUCCUUCUACACCGUCAGCCAUACUCACUAUGAACCUGCAUAUGAUUCAGCUGCUGGGCUUUCAAGCUCUUCAGGAAGGUACAGCAUUCCUAUAGAGACCACAGAUGACAUCAAUGAGCUGCAGACUGAUUUUAUCAACAGCCUGCAGCUCCAGGAGCAGUAACCACAAACAGCUGCUGGAUGUCAUGUUAUUAUUUCUCACAAGAGAAGGUUUACACAUCUAAUGAUGAUGUUUCUAUAGUAACGCCACUCUCUCUGUUACAUGCUGUGACUUCAUAAGCUUUGAUACAUUAUUAUGUCGGCUAGUUAUUCGCCUCAACAAACUGUACACUGACAAGUUGUAGUUAGACUUUUCAAAAUGAAUUUUGUAGAAAAAUGUGAAAAUUAAAUUUCAGUAAUCUGCUGUGUUUAUUUCACAAGGGCUAACUACUGACGACCAUAUUUUAAGGGUUGUACAUUUUUCUAUAGCUUUCACUGUCCUUUUGCAACAUUAUUCAGGUUCCUGCUUGCCCAAGCACAUGCACCUGCAUACAGUCAACCACUGUAUUUUUACUACUCUUCCACCAUUUUUCAGGAAUCAACUCUGACAGCAGAUUUGAAAAAAUCUCGGCACAAAAGUGGAACAUUGAGAAUAGAGGUCUUUUAUAUGUUUGUGCAAAGAAAUGUUACUAACAGCGAGCAAAAGUGGAAAGAAAAAAAAUCUAAUUGAAAUGGCAUUGAAAGAGGUGACCAUUUCAUCUCCUCUUCAAAGGCCUAAAAGCCGGGAAUUCUUUCAUUAAGAAGCAUAAUUUUCAUUAUUAGUGUUUAAGGCAAGCUACAGUGGGUGAGAUAAUCAACUGAGUGCAAAAGAGCAAAAAUUAAGAUAUUUUAUGAAAUUAAAUAAUAGCAAUAUCAACAGAAAUCAGAGUGUUAGAAUCUCUUAACUAGACUGCAUUUUCAAAAUAAAAGCCUCACCAGAAACAGCUCAAGAUAAGUCAAACAGUUUGAAGAGAAUCUGCCACUUUGCGGAGUUAACUCAUAACCAGUGACCUGGCACAAGGCAGGCAUCUUUUAAAUAUGAUUUAGAAAUGUUCUAGGUACAAAUACUUUAACACUUUAAUUUUUUUUCCUCUUUAAAGGGAGUGUGCUGUUUUUUUUGUUUUGUUUUUUUUUACCUCUUACGACUUUAUAAUGGUGUCUUGAUCCUUUUAUGUCCAUGUAAAGUGAAAUCCAACAUUUUUGUCUUAGCACACUAGAUAUGUUGUAAUUGAUUUGAUUUGAUUUGAUUUUGAUUUAUUUUAUUUAUCUCGAACGUACAACAACAAAAGAAAAAUAUAUUGCUCAGUAUGGUUAUGUCAACUUGUCAGUCCAAUUUCAUACACAUAAAUAAAAAUAUACAUAUGUAUAUACAUACACACACACAUAUACAUUUCUACAUAUCUGCAUACAUAUAUACACACAUAUGUAUUAUAUGUGUAUAUUAUACUCUCUGGCAGUACUCUAUUUUUUGCUUUAAAUACAAACUGAGCAGUUUUAAACUUAAUUAAAUCCAUAAAUUUUAAUACUUUUGAAGUUAAGAAAAGCGAGUUGGUAUGAUCCAAAUAGCCUGCAUGAUUUAUUAUCCGUAUUGCUCUUUUUUUCAGUGUGCAUAACUUCUGAAGGUUACUUCUAUACGUAUUCCCCCAUACUUCCACAUAGUAAGACAGAUAUGGAACAAUUAAGGCACAGUAUAAUGUAUGUAAUGUAUCUUGCUUAAGUAUAUAUCUUGUUUUAUUCACUAUCCCAAUGCUCCUUGAUAUUUCAGCACACAAACAUUUUAUGUAUGGUUUCCAGCAGAGCUUAUGGUCUACUACAACACCCAAAAAUUUAGUUUCAAACACUCUUUCAAUUUUCACUUUAUCAAUUUCCAGAUAAACUUCUUCAGUUUUAUGAUUCCCAAAUAAAAUAACCUUAGUCUUACCUAAAUUGAUAGUCAGUCCAUUCCUGUCAAACCAUAACUUAAGUUUCUUUAAUUCUACAUUGACUACAUCCAUUAGCUUCUGCAGGUUCUCCCCAGAACAUAAGAUGUUUGUGUCAUCUGCAAAAAUUACAAAUUUGAAUAUGUUGGACACAGCAUGAAUGUCAUUUAUAUACAAGAUAAACAGUUUCGGUCCCAACACUGACCCCUGUGGGACACCACAGGUAAUGCUCAGGCAUUUGGACCUGUGGGGACCCAACUGGGUGAACUGCACUCUAUUGCUAAUGUAGCUCUUGAGCCAGGCUAAAGCCGCCCCUCUUACACCAUAACUCUCCAGCUUGUUAAUAAGAAUUUCAUGAUUAAUUGUAUCAAAAGCUUUCUUUAAAUCGACAAAAACACCUAGGGUGUGCUGUCUCUUAUCAAUGCUGGUGGUGAUUUCUUCUACAAGCUCUAAUAAUGCCAUAGAGGUAGAUCUACCUGUUCUGAAACCAUACUGGCUGUCCAUUAGAAUGUUAUUUUUUUCUAUAAAAAUGUCUAGCUGUUUUAUAAACAGUUUUUCAAGAAUUUUUGAGAAUUGUGACAAUAAAGACACUGGCCUAAAGUUA